AUGAAAACCAAGAAGAUCCUCAUCAUCCUCAGCGAUGCGGAUUCAUUCCCCAUCAAAAAGACCAGCGGCCCCAACAGCGGCAAAACAGUUCAACAACCCUCAGGAUUCUUCCUCCAAGAACUCGCAAAGCCCCUCCAAAAGCUCCUAGACGCCGGCCAUGAAGUAACUUUCGCCUCACCAAAAGGCCGCGAACCAACUGCCGAUCCAAACAGCGAAACACUCCUCGCAUACGCAGGCAACUUCUACGAGCGACGCCGCGAACACGACCUCAUCGAGCGAAUGAAGAAAGAAAACGGCUUCAGCACCCCUCGACCAUUCAGUUCAAUCAGCGACGCGGAAUUAGCUACCUUUGCGGGUAUCUUCAUCCCCGGCGGGCAUGCGCCUCUACAAGAUUUGGGCGAGGAUCCGGAAUUGGGUCGGAUAUUGAGGUAUUUUAAUCGUGAGAAUAAGCCUACAGCGGCUAUUUGUCAUGGACCGUAUGCAUUGUUGAGUACGAAGAAGGCCGGGGAUGGGUCUUUUGUUUAUUCGGGGUAUAAGAUUACUUGUUGGAGUGAUGCGGAGGAAAAGAUGAUGGAGACGAUGCUUGGGGGUGAGAUUGAGAAGGUUGAGUCUGCGUUGAGGAAGGAAGGUGCUGUUAUGAUGGAGGGUAUGCCGGAGAAGGUGGGUGGGACGACACUGCAUCGUGAGCUGGUUACUGGGGGGAAUCCUCUGGCGGCGAAUGCACUUGGGGAUCGAUUUUUGAAGAUGAUUAGUGUUUGA